UCUCACUUCAUUCCAAUUAGUAACACUAAAGCUGCAGAGUAGUAAAAACCUGCUACUGCAAAUUAACUAACAAUGCCUUCUGCAGCUGCAACUUUGGUCAGCAAAUGCACCAUUUUCCCCUCCCAAAAAUCAUCACUUCCUGACCUCAAACUCUCUGUUUCCGAUCUUCCAAUGCUCUCUGUUCACUACAUUCAAAAAGGUGCUCUCUUUACUCGUCCCCCUUUUCCCAUCACCCAACUCAUUUCCCUUCUCAAACUCACUCUUUCUCAAACCCUCACUCACUUUCCUCCCUUAGCCGGUCGAUUCGUGACCGACUCAGAUGGCUACGUCUACAUUUCUUGCAACGACGCUGGCGUUGAUUUUGUACAUGCUGCAGCCACUCACAUUCUCAUUCGUGACGUCAUAGGCUCCAUUGAUGUUCCUCAUCAUGUCAAAGAGUUGUUUCCGUUUGAUCAAAAAGUGAGCUAUCAAGGCCGUUUUAGCCCUCUUCUUGCCGUCCAAGUGACAGAAUUAGCUGAUGGCGUAUUCAUUGGAUGUGCCGUCAACCAUUCCGUCACUGACGGGACUUCAUUUUGGAACUUUUUCAAUACAUUCGCUGAGGUGAGCAGGGGUGUCAAAAGGAUUAUAAGGCAGCCAGAUUUCACCCGUAAUUCAAUAUUGAUCUCAAAUGCUGUGCUAAAACUCCCAGCUAAUGGCCCCAAAAUCACUUUUGCCGGUGAUGCCCCGUUGAGGGAGAGGAUAUUUAGUUUCAAAAGGGAAUCAAUUCGAAGACUCAAAGCAAAGACCAACAAUCAGAAAUUGACUAUUGACGGGGAAAUUAACACCGUCGAAUUGAUGGCAAAACAGAGGAACGAUCCCCUGAAGUUCGAUAUGAAAGCAGAAACAGAGACGACAAAUCCAAUGGCUGAGAUUUCAUCAUUUCAAUCGCUCUGCGCAUUGUUGUGGCGUGCAGUGACACGUGCAAGGAAAUUCCCAUCUUCGAAAAUGACCACAUUCAGAAUGGCUGUAAAUUGCCGUCACCGUCUCCACCCGAAGCUAAAUCCAUUAUAUUUCGGCAAUGCAAUUCAGAGCAUUCCAACUUACGCAUCAGCAGGGGACGUUUUAUCUAACGAUCUGCAUUGGUGUGCGGAGCAAUUGCAUGAGAAUGUGAAAGCGCACGAUGAUGUUAUGGUGACGAAGUUUGUAGAGGAUUGGGAGAGGGACCCACGGUGUUUCCCCCUGGGGAACUUUGACGGAGCAAUGCUAACAAUGGGGAGCUCACCGAGGUUUCCAAUGUACAACAAUGAUUUCGGGUGGGGGAGACCAGUUGCUGUACGGAGUGGGAGGGCGAAUAAGUUUGACGGGAAGAUAUCAGCAUUUCCGGGGAGAGAAGGAGGAGGAACCGUCGAUUUGGAGGUGGUUUUGUCGCCCGAAACAAUGGAAGGCCUUGAGUCGGACAAAGAGUUCAUGCAGUACGUUACUGAAUCCGCGACUUAAAUAGCAUCAAAAAAAAAAAAGUUAAACCAAACUAAUAUAUAAAAAAAAAAAAAAAAACAUAAGUAGUAUUCACGCACGAAAUUCAUGCGUGAAAGGACCAAACUGCAAAAAUACAGUUUUGGCCUUUCACGCACAAAUUUUGUGCGUGAAUGGGGUAUCCAAUUUUGUGCCUGAAUGGGGGGCAUCAAAAAAAGAACACGCACAAAUUUUGUGC